AUGCUGGUCUGGCCUUUUCAGAGUGGCGGGUAUGAUCUCAACCUCUUCACCAGCCCUCCCGACAGCAACUUUCUGUGCUCUGUCUGCCAUGGAGUUCUCAAGAAGCCGGUGAGGUUGCCAUGCAGCCACAUCUUCUGCAAGAAGUGCAUUCUCCGGUGGCUAGCCAGACAAAAGACCUGUCCGUGCUGCAGGAAAGAAGUGAAACGGAAAAAGAUGGUCCGUGUGAAUAAACUCCGAAAGACCAUUGGCCACCUGGAAGUUAAGUGCAAGAACGCUGAAGCUGGCUGUUCGGUGACGUGCCCCCUGGCCCAUCGCAAGGGGCACCAGAACUCGUGCCCUUUCGAGCUAAUGGCCUGCCCCAACGAGGGUUGCAUGGUACAAAUACCGCGUGGGACCUUGGUGGCACACCUGCAGCACUGCCAGCAUGGGACCCAGCAGCACUGCGCCCUGGACUGUGGUGCAGACCUGGGCCCAACGGAGCCUGGACCCCACAACUGCCACUGUGAGCUGCGCGAAGCCUGGGGCCAGCGCCAGGAUCGCAGCCAGACCCUGGUGCUGUGCCUGCUCCAGCAUGUGCGCAAGGUGCACCGCACCACCAACCUCAUCUGCUGGCAGUUGGCCCAACUAGGGAACUUCCUGGAGAAUGACGCACUGCUCCUAGGGGCACAGCAAGAGGAUGCCCCCGCGCAGCAGGAGGAUGCCCCUGCGCAGCAGGAGGAUGCCCCUGCGCAGCAAGAGGAUGCCGAGGCCGCCCCGGAAGGCAGCAUUGGGACUGAGGUGUGGGGGGUCCAGGACCAAAGUACCUUGUAAAUUGAGGGAUAAAUAAACAUGAGCCCUGAACUGGCUUGCUCCCGCCAUCU